AUGCUAGCAGUCGAGGCUGGUGACUGGUUGCUAGAGACUCAUCAGAGAUUGGAGACUGCAGGUGAGGAGAUCACUUGGGUCGUGUUCCUUAGGGAGUUCAUGAGGAAGUAUUAUCCUGAAGAUGUUCGAGGAAAUAAGGUAAUUGAAUUCCUUGAGUUGAAGCAGGGGAAUAAGUUGAUCGUUGAGUAUGCUGCGAAGUUUGUUGAGUUGGCCAAGUUUUAUCCGCAUUAUAGCGAGGCGACUGCUGAAUUUUCAAAAUGCAUCAAGUUUGAGAAUGGGUUGCGCUCUGAGAUCAAGAAGGCAGUUGGUUACCAGAAGAUUCGAGUAUUUGCUGAUCUGGUUGAUAGUUGCAGAAUCUAUGAGGAGGAUAAUAAUGCACAUUAUAAGAUUGUCAGUGAAAGGAGGGGUAAGAACCAACAGAAUCGUGGCAAGCCUUAUGAUGCUCUAGCUCGGAAAGGAAAGCAGAAAGUUGCACAUGGUCAGAGAACUAGUGGGGGAGAUGCUCCUGCUGGUAUUGUCUAUUUCAAUUGUGGGAAACCUAGUCAUAAGAGUAAUGUGUGUACUGCUGAAGUGAAGAGGUGUUUCCGUUGUGGUAAGAUAAGACAUGCGAUGUCUGAGUGCAGGCAUAAGGAGAUGACAGGAAAUGAGGACGGGCUUAUCAGAGGUAAAUGUUUCAUUAAUAGUACUCCUUUAAUCACUAUUAUUGAUACUGGUGCUACUCAUUAUUUUAUUGCUGCUGAAUGUGUUGAAAGAUUGAAUCUUGUGUUGUCUGCUUUGAAUGGAGAGAUGGUUGUUGAUCUUCCAAUUAAGGGAUCGGUGACUACUUCUCUUGUGUGCUUAAAGUGUCCUUUGUCGAUCUUUGACAGAGACUUUGUUGUUGAUAUAGUUUAUAUACCGUUAAGAGGGUUGGAUGUGAUCUUAGGCAUGAACUGGUUAGAGCAUAACCAUGUUCAUAUUAAUUGUUAUGAUAAGUCAAUGAGGUUUUCUACUCCUAAAGAGGAGGGAGUUGAUUUGUUAUCUGCUAGGCAAUUGCGACUGUUAAUGAAAGAAGAAGUUCAGGUUUUCUCGUUAAUGGCGUCGUUGUCUAUUAAGAAUCAAGCUAUAAUUGUUAAGUUGCAGGUGAUGCGAGAAUUUUCAGAAGUUUCCCCUGCUAAAAUUCCUGAUAUACCGCCAGAAAGAGAAGUUGAAUUUACGAUUGAUUUCGUACCUGGUACCAGACCUGUGUCUAUGGCACUGUACAAGAUGUCUGCAUCUGAAUCGUCGGAAUUAAUGAAGCAACUGGAGGAUUUACUUGAAAAGAAGUUUGUAAAACCAAGUGUAUCUACGUGGGGAGCUCCAGUGUUUCUAAUAAAGAAGAAAGAUGGAAGCAUGAGACUUUGCAUUGAUUAUAAACAGUUAAAUAAAGUAACAAUUAAGAACAAGUAUCUACUUCCAAGAAUAGAUGAUUAG